AUGUAUUCCAGCAGCCGUGAAGACUCUUCAGCUAAUGAAAGAGAAACAUCUUCUGGUGACACCAAUGCCAAUCAGGAGGGGAGCAAUCACCAACACCACUCUCAUCAUCAAACUCUUAGUCUCGAGCAGUACUUUACUGAACGUGAACAUCCAAACAGUGCGCAGCGACAUCAACUGGCUGAAGAACUCAAUAUGAAACCAGAACAAAUCAAAUUUUGGUUUCAAAACAAGAGAGUCCAAACCAAGAUGAAUAAUGAAAAAGCAGAGAAUGCAGAGCUUAGAAUUGAUAACUUGACACUGCAAUGUGAGAAUGAAGCAAUGGAACAGGCAAUGAAGACUGUGGUCUGCCCUCCAUGUGGUGGCCGUAAUCCUGGGAGAGAAGAGCAACUAUGCCAUCUCGAAAAUUUGCGCUCGGAGAACACCUUUCUCCAAAGAGAGCAUGAAAGACUCUCAAGCUACGUUACCCAACACAGAGGCUCAAGACUUAGCAUCCAUGGUCCAUCAACCUACGGAUCAACCUCCAGGACUCGUCCUACUCCAUAUGGAAGCUCUUCUAACCAUCGUCCCAAACAAUCAAGCUUGUUAAGAGGACCAUAUGCUCGUGAAAACAUCAACAUCACUCCAGUGCCUAAGCCGCGAAAACUAGUACAGUUGCAGCAUUUCCAACCGAUGUCUCGACAGGAGAAAGCUGAGAUGAUUGAAACCGCGGAAAAUGCCGUGGCAGAGGUUAUGAGUCUCAUUCGAAUGGAUGAACCAAUGUGGGUUAAGUCACCUAUUGAUGGUAGGUUCGUCCUUGAUCCAGUGAACUAUGGGAGCAUUUUUGGUAAGAUGAGCCAGUUUAAGACUACAAGUGUUUGUCCUCGUGAGUCUUCCAAGGAAGUGGUCGUUGUUCCAAUGGAUGCAACAAAUUUGGUCGACAUGCUCUUUGAUACGGAGAAAUGGGCGAGGCUGUUUCCAACAAUUGUAAAUGAAGCAAAGACGGUUCAUGUGUUGGAGACCAUUAACCGUCGAAGACCAACUUUCUCAAGAGUGAUAUAUGAGAACCUGCACAUGUUGUCACCAUUGGUGCCACCUAGAGAGUUUCUAAUACUCAGAACCUGUCAAAAAAUGGAAGAUAAUCUCUGGUUGAUUGCUGAUGUUUCCUGUCAUCACCGAAACAUUGAUUAUGAUUCUCCCGUUUGCACCAAACGUCCCUCAGGUGUACUGAUACAAGGCUUAGCCCAUGGUUGCUCUAAGGUUACUUGGAUUGAGCAUGUGGAAGUGAGUAAUAAUCUGCAGCCACAUCGGCUUUACAGAGACCUCUUGAACAGCUGUUUUGGCUACGGGGCUCGACGUUGGACUGUUACUCUUGAGAGGAUGUGUGAGAGGCUGUCUCUCUACUCUAUGCAUGAAGUCCCAGCCGCUGACUACGUCGGAGUUGUGAGAACAAUACAUGGAAGAAGGAGCAUAAUGAAUUUGGGAGAAAGAAUGUUGAAAAACUUUGCUUGGAUCAUGAAAAUGGCUACCAAACUCGAUUUCUCGCGACCAUCAGAUGCUGAUAACAGCAAAAUUCGGAUCUCGGUGCGGACAAACACACAGGCCGGUCAACCGGUCGGUCUCAUUGUCUGCGCAAGUUCAUCCUUAUCUCUCCCCGUCCCUCCAGUCCAAGUCUACAAUCUCCUUAAGAAUCUGGAGGUUCGUAACCAGUGGGACGUUCUCUGCCAUGGGAAUCCAGUGAUUGAAGCUACUCGUUUUGUCACCGGAUUGAAGAAAAAGAACAACGUCACUUUUCUCCAGACAUCAAGUGAAGGGGACAAUACUGAGAUGAUGAUACUACAAGAUAGCUUCAUAGAUGAAUUGGGAGGUAUGGUUGUCUACGCUCCAAUGGACCUAAAGACGGCGUACGCAGCCAUUUCUGGUGAUGUUGAUCCUUCCACCAUUCCCAUCCUCCCGUCCGGUUUCAUCAUCUCCCGCGACAGCCGCUCUUUCCCGGGGGAGCAGGACGGCCGCUGCAUGACACUCCUCACCUUGGCUUUCCAGAUCCUUGUCUCCGGUUCGAUUUCUUCUACUGAACUCAACUUGGGAGAUGCUACCACCACUGUUGAGACCUUGAUUAACUGCACCGUUCAAAGGGUCAAGGCAAUGCUUAACUGCGGAUGA